AUGGCUGCCGACCAGUUGCUUCAGUCCAUCGCUCAUUCCACUCCCGGUGAAGAGUGGUUUGACUUUGACAACUCCUUCGACAUUCCCUACGAAGGGAUGGGAAGCAAUCCCACCUCGGUGGAUUCUGUGUCCCCCAAGGACUUGGAUCUAACUUUUGCCGACUUUGAUGACUGCAAUUGGGGUCCAAGCCCUGGGGUCUGCACUCAGGAGCUAUUCGCUGAUCUGGUCAACUAUGAUGCGCCUAUGGAGGGCUUGGGGGCCCAUGCAUUGGACGCCUCACAAUCCAUGCUGAACCCUACCGGGUCCUUCCAUCAUAUGCCCGCUUCGCCAACUCCCGGGCUGAUGGGGUCGGAGCUGACCAACCUAUGGUCACAGGACAUGGGCGGAGUUGACGACCCUUUCUACACCACUGUUCGACAGAUGGUGGAGUUCCAAGCUGCUGCUGAUCCAAGCGCGCUGUCUAGCAAAGAGAAGCGCAUGGAGGCGUCUAUUGCGCUUCACAUGCAGCGCCUCCAGGAAGCAGCAAUGCAGGACUUGGAGCUGUCGUCGAACUCGAGCACAACAUUCCCAUCUCCUCGCUGGUCCGACUCUGCAGCAAGCGUUUAUCAGGCUGGAACAUGUCCAACCCCAGCUACUACACCUCUGCCCGAUGUAACUCGCACACCGGUCUCGGGCUCGGAGUCUGCGGCUGGGGGCAUGGAACUGGUGCUCGACCUGAACAUGAACACGACCACAAACGUACCAAAGAAGCAAAAACCUCGAUCGCAAGCUCAGAAAGAAAAUUACAUUAAAGUUCGAAAGCAUGGUGCUUGCGAGAAGCACAGGAAGCAACACAAGCGGUGCAACUGUCUUGAGAAGGCCGCUUCCCAGAUUGCUGUCAGCCAGAAGGCCGUUUCUACUUGCAACAUACCAUUCAAGUCAACCUUCAGUACGCAACGACAUGUCCACAGAUCUGAACGAGAAGCUCUUCUUGUGAGCACGACGCCGACACCAGCCAGUAAGUCAACUGUUUCACAGCCGACAGGAGGCCUAGGUUCGAAGGAGCUUCAAUACGUUCAACUUCGGCAUCGCCACCGUUUGCAGUCCACCCAUACGUCUAUGGAUCCUCAAUAUGGACACCACUCGCCACACUCAGUCAAGUCAGCUGCAAGCUGUCGUGGCGACGUAGGCUUCAAUGGCGGUUCACGUACUCCGACAACGUUCCGGGGUAGCUCGGGACAACAGCAACCAUCAAGGUCACCGGGUUCCGACCGCAGGGUUGGUCUCGUCCAUUCGCUGUCGAAGGGACUGCAGAUCUGUUCGACAUCGAGUCAGGCAGAUCGGGGAGCGCUUGCUCUCCGCCAUUCUCCGGACAGACAACAGGCAAGCCAGGCUGGAGCAGCCCGCAUGCAUGUGUCAGUCCAGGCAUCAAUCCCAUCCCGAUCCAGUACAGCCGCCAUCAGCAGCGUACCAUGCAGGUUCAGUGCGUCGGCCAAGGCCUUUGCCACAGUCAACGUGCAAUCCAACCGGGGCACCGAGGCCGAUGCCGUAUCCAAGAGAUACGCCGAUUUCUGGCGCGUCAGAUCUUCGGGAUACCCUUCGACACACCACUCGUUGGACGUACAAGCCAAGGCUUUUGCCACAGUCAACGUGCAAUCCAACCGGGGCACCGAGGCCAGUGCCGUAUUCAAGAGAUACGCCGAUUUCUGGCGCGUCAGAUCUUCGGGAUACCCGUCGACACACCACUCGUUGGACGUACAAGCCAACGAUGUCCACGACCAAUCUGUGUCGCGGACACUUGUGUCAAGGGUACUUCAAAGCGUCUUUUCGGUCUCUCACUUCUUGGAUUUAUCUGUAUGCGUCGCUUCUUGGUUGAGCACGUGCUUUGACAAAACCUGGGGCUUUUCCAGAUUUGGCAAGCUCGUCAUGAUAUCGACUAGAAGGCAUUGGCUUGCGGGGAAGGGAUUUCUAUGGGGUUGA